AACUAGGCAGCAGUGUGAGAUCUUUGGUAUCCAUGGGAGCGUCUGUGGGAGCAGUAACAAAACAGACCCUGUUCCCUCCUCUCAUGCCUGCAGGGAGACCCUUCCGUGUGUCCAACGCCUCCCGGAGCAGCCGGAAGGGAAUCGUUGCAAGCAGCCUACAAGAGCUCAUCAGCAAGACUUUAGAUGCAUUCCUUAUAUCUGCUGGAAUAGUCACUCUGGUGUUGGAGGAAGAUGGCACGGUCGUGGACACAGAAGAGUUCUUCAGGUCCCUGGAUGAUAAUACACACUUCAUGGUUCUAGAACAAGGACAGAAAUGGACACAAACAAGAAAUGGAGUGGCCACCGUGAGGCGCAAGAAGAAGAUGGGAGUAGCCAAUGUCACCUUUGAUCUGUACAAGCUGAACCCAAAGGAUUUCAUUGGCUGCUUAAACAUCAAGGCAACUUUCUAUGAGAUCUACUCUGUCUCCUAUGACAUCAAAUGCAUGGGGGCAAAAAGCGUUCUGCGGAAGGUGCUUCAGCUGAUGUCCCACGCAGCACAAAUAACUGGACAGUUCCUUCUCUACACUGGGACGUACAUGCUGCAGCUGAUGGGGGAGUAUGAUGAAGAUGGCUCCUGCACGAGGCCAAGGCGUGAGCAGUGA